AUGACGAUGGUGCAGAGCUGGGACAGCGAGCCAGACAUCGCUAAUAUGUCCAAGAGCGACAUACUGAGAGGAAUCAUCACCGACAAACUGAGCACAGCCGCUCGGGAGAUCUUAUCGGUGGUGGAGCGGACUGUAGCCGACUAUGAGGAGGAGGCUGCGGGCUUCAGGCAGGAGCUCGACCGGCAGAGGAGACUGCUGGAGCUCCUGCAGCCUGAGAUAAAGCAGGAGGCAGUGUUUCAGACGUGCCCGCUUCACAAGCUGAAGGUUCAUCGUGGUUUGCAGGAAGCUGACUUCCUGAAACUACUCAGGUCUACCUUCCCUCAGCUGGCUGGAGAUGAACCUUUUGACCUUUUUUUAAGGGCCAAGCACAACAAACUUAAACCUCUGAAAGGAGACUCUGUGACACCAGAGGAAAUCAUCAGAGUUUCUCGGGGAUCUACCCUCUACAUACAACAGUCACUGUGUCCAGAAGAUUUAAGACUUAAGAUCCGCAUCCUUGAGGACCCUAAGAUUGAUAAGAUCACAAAUAUAAUGUGUCAGAAUCACCCGUCUCAUGAGCUGAAUGUUCCUCGUGGUCUUCAGGAGGCUGACUUCCUGGCUCUGCUGAGGUCCACUUUCCCUCAGCUGGCUGCUGGUGAACCUUUUACCAUCUUAAUUGGUCGCAACCACAAUCUAAUUCCUCCAAGAGUGGAGAGUAUGACUGCAGAAGAGAUCUGCAAGAACAGGACUAGGAAUCCUGGUAUUUACAUCCGACUGAAGGGUCCAGAGAAAAGGUCUCUACAGAGAGAAGAUGCUACUGCUGCUGAACUUCCUCCACCCAGCCUGGAUCCAACCACACUGACCACUGAAGUUGAGUCUGAGAAACCUCAGAUCAGUCAAUCAGACACCCACAUGCAUCUCAAGGUCCACAUUGUGGAGGACCCUCAGAUGGAUACCAUCUCGCCCAAUCUGUUUCAGAAUUACCUGCCUCAUGAGCUGCAGGUUCCUCGAGGUCUUCAGGAGGCGGACUUCCUAGCUCAGCUGAGGUCAACCUUCCCUCAGCUGGCUGCUGCUGAACCUCUGGAGCUCCUGAUAUCUAAUGACGACAAGAUACUAGAGCUUCUAAAUAUGGAGUCACUGACAACUGAGGAGAUCAAAGAGGCUGUCCAGUCAACUGGGAGUGCUACCCUCUUUGUUCGAUUGAAGGCCUCAGAGGAUGUUCAGGAUGAUGUGAAUAAGCUUGAUGGUGCUGAAGACUCUUCAUCCUUUUCUGAACAAACCACACUGCACAGGAGUAAUGAAAGGAAACCCUUGCAUGAAGACCUGAAGGAUAUCAUCCUCAGAGCUUUGCCAUUAAUUUCUGAAGACACUCAACAGUCAUUGAUUCAUAAGCUGUUAAGUGAUGGAGUGGAGUCUACCCAGGACCUAAAAUUUGUCAUUGAAGAUGAUAUUGCUGACUUGCUGCCUCCCCUUCAAUUACAGACACUCCUGGAAGCAUUUAAAAAUGAGGCAGACCUGGUUACUUUGGACCUGCCAGUGAUUCCUUCCUCUAGCUCACUGCUCAGCAGUCCUGCAGCGUCACCUUGCUCCACUUCAUCUGGUGUACUCCCACUCUCAAAUCAAGAACAUGACAACUCAGAAAGCUGCGGGCAAACCACCCUUUUCAGAAAACAUUGGGCAGAGACGUUCCAGGUGCCCUGGGACCUCAUGCCAAUGGAAAUUCAAGCAGCGGUUGCUGAGGGCAAGAGACCAUCCUCUUCAGCAAGGAGACAGAUGGUUAGAAUUUUAGCAGAUGAAAUGAGGAAACACGAGCUAAACCCAACACGUGCUCAGUGUGUAACCAUCUGCCGAAACAUUGUCCGUAAGUACCCUCAGAGCUUUGCUGAUCUGUGUGACAACGGUCAGCUGCUGGAAGAGGAUUACAUCUCGCUUGUGAUUCAAAUCAAAAACCGAAUUGAUAACCUGAAACGGACCAGCAACUUUCGCCACAGCCGUUUGUCUGGAAUGAAAAGAGGAUCCACCAACAAUUAUGGCUGCGCCAGAUUUGAGCCUGGCCUGCUGCCGGAGGAGACAAAUGAAACAGUGGAGCGAAAACGCCAGCGACUGGAAGAAAUUUACCAUCAGGAUGGCUCAAGCAUGGUAGAAAAAGACGAAGUAAAAGAACUCAUGAAAGUAACCUUCUACCUGCAGCGCCGCCAAAUAAAUGCACUCCCAGUACCGGCUAUUAGAGAUUUAAGGGGCCGAUGGCCUUAUCUUUUCACACACAAUGGACUUUAUACUCAUUUCGAGCUGCUCACUGAUAUCAAAGUGCUUCGCACUCUUGAGGUUGCAAUGGAGGAGUGUGGACCAACCAUCCUGGAGGUCUUCAGCAAGUCCACUAAUCCAGAUAUCCAAUCCAUCCUCUCAGUGGGUCCAAAACUUGAACUAUCCUUCUGCAUCCUGCAACUUCUGAUGGCUCACUUCUCCGAACCCCUCGGAGGACUGAUUCUUUUUGCAAAUGCAAAUGCCACAGCAGCUGAAUUACAGACGACACUCCAACUACCUGCAACUCCUCGACUGAUACUCCUCGCCGAAUCACCGGAAAGCUCCAUUCGCCGCUGGAUGAUCAGUCUUGAGGGGCACAUCAUUUGCGAGGGCAUCCAGCCGACUUUUCUGUCCGGCCUCGCUGCUGUCUUUUCUACUUACUACAUCUUCAAUCUUCAGUAUCAAGACGAUGCUGCAUGCACACUGGAAUUCAUUCAAAGGCGAUUGAUUGGGAUAAAUCCCGACACAGGCACCAAAGUUCCACAAGGCAAAUUCCCGUCAAAGGAGACUGGGAAGUUCACACAGGAAAAGACUUCGCCAGUCAACCCCCAAGUUUUAAAACUGUUAAAGAAACUAAUGGAUGUGAACCCAGCUGUUUACACCCACACAACCAUGUUUCCAUCACUUCAGGGGACAUCAAACUGACAUUCAUGUUUGUUUUCGUGGAGAAAUCCAAAUUUCUGGGGUCUGAAGAACCUCUUGGAGCAACGGCCGACACUUUGGAGCUUGCAGUGUAGUGGCUGGAUAUCCAGACCAGAACUUUGGGUCCCAUGCACUGGUCAUAGUCUACAUUGUCGGUUUUAAAGAGGUAUGAUGUCAUCAGAUUGUUUUGAGAGUGCACUUUGACUAGUGCAUUUGUCUUUCAUUCUUCAUUCGGACUUGCUGCAUGCACCAAGUACCAGAAAAGUUUCUGGUGCCACAGAUUCUGCAGACUGUUUAUACAGAUCACCCUUUGCCUUGCUUAAGACUUUGAAAUGUGCAAAUUCAAAGUGUGAAAGAAACAAGGAACAAAUACAACUUUAUGCUGUUUUCUUUGUUCGGGUUGACUUAUGUUCCCCAAUGCAAGCUGCUGUUUUCUAGCAGAAACUCUGAAGUACUAUAUUUUGUUUACUGUACACCUUUUUUUAAAUUACUGUAAUUAAAGUUACAUUU